GCGACAGUCGACGUCGACAGUCAGAGUCAGUGCGUGUCAGUCAGUAGCGAUGGAGCAGCUUCCUGACGAGGUGGUGCUUUUGGUGUUGCGGUACGUGGGCAUGGACGACCUCUUCACGUGCCGCCUCGUGUGCAAGCGGCUCGGCGACCUGGCCCUGCACCCCGGAGUGUGGCGCCACCGAAGUUCCUACAACGUUAGUGGCCACCAGAACCAGAAGAUGUGUCGGAUCCUGCGCGUGGCGCCACGCCUGGCUGAGUUGUCAUUUGACCUCUGGUCGACACAGGACGACCACCUCGCGGUCUACACCACGACAAGGUGCGCGGUGCGUCAGCUCAUCUUGCAGGUGGGCGGCGCCGGCAGCGUUCCCGCCGCACUCAUCGUGCGCAACCAGGAGGCGCUCGGCCAGCUGAAGGUCGUCGAGGUCACGUUUCUCUACACUACAACAUGGGCCGACGCCGUCGUGCUCCUCGGGACGUUGGCGUCGACGUCCGUUUUGAACAAACUCCUGGUCCGCUACCGCGGACACUCCUCGGGCGCCCUGCACCUGCACACUCCCGUGGCCCGGCCGUCCCUCAAGUACUUCAAGUGCCUUCUCAGCUCAAAGUCGCAGCCCUUCGUCGACCUGGUGCUGGCGGGGCACGCGGCUACUCUGGAGGAGGUCCACCUCGGAGAUGAUGAUGAUCACAUCACGACCUCGACGGGGUUGUUGCCCGCCUCUAUGCCCAAGCUCCGCGCGCUCACCUGCUCGCUGCUCCCCGGCAUGGAGACCCUGGGUCCGUCGCUGACGAAGGUGACCCUGCACGUGACGCCUGACAUGCGACCAGGACUCCUCGGGGCCACGGAGAUGCUGCGGCGCGCCUCCAAGCUCCGCAUGCUCACCCUGAAGUACCACCCCGCGGCCCGCAGCUCAGCUUACGUCGGGGUCGAUCUGGUCGAGGCCCUGGGGUGUUCGGGACCGUCCGUCGUGGAGGUGCUGAAAAUCGACAACGAUUGGGAGAACGAGCACGAGGGCGAAGAGAACGACGAUGGGGUCGAGUUCCUCCCUCAGCUGCAGCCGCUGGUCAGGACGCUGCCCUUUCUGCCGUGCCUGCGAUACCUCGAAUUAGAGGUGGCUGCCAGCUCGCUGCGCCCACGACUGGCGCCACAAGGACUCGGUCCAGACCCUGCUGUCGGUCAAUCCUGUGCUCAAGUUUAGCGUGUUCACAACACCGUACUGCCUCAAGGGCCAGCGCGAGUCCUGUGGGUCUUGCGCGCAAGGCUGCCACAAUACAUUGUGGGAAUGGGAUUGGGAAGUAGAGUAUGACGAGGAUAAUGACGUUACCAGAUCAGACUAUCAGGAGUGGAUCCAUAUUCGAUAAACUACGGGACUCAUGGUUGUUGCCCCUCUCGCCCCUCCUCCCCAGUUUUACCUACUAUUUUGUAGCCAA